AUGAGUAUCAUUCAAACUGCCACCAAUAAUUUCAGUCCCUCAAAUAAACUCGGGAAUGGUGGAUUUGGUACGGUUUAUAAGGGGAAGCUGCCAGAUGGCAAAGAAAUUGCUGCAAAACGUCUUUCUAGCAGCUCCACACUGGGCAAAGAGGAGUUUAUGAAUGAAAUACUACUCAUUUCAAAACUACAACACAGAAACUUAGUAAGGAUUUUAGGAUGCUGCAUUGAAGGAGAAGAGAGGGUAUUGGUUUAUGAGUUCAUGGUGAAUAAAAGCCUUGAUACUUUUCUCUUUGAUUCAACAACAAAACAUAAGAUUGAUUGGGCAAAGAGAUUUGAUAUCAUUCAAGGUAUUGCGCGUGGACUUCUCUAUCUCCACCGUGACUCACGCCACAAGGUCAUUCACCGAGACCUGAAAGUCAGCAACAUUCUUCUUGACGAGAAAAUGAACCCAAAAAUAUCAGAUUUUGGUUUGGCUAGGAUGUUUGAGGGAACACAAUAUCAGGACAACACUCGAAGGGUUGUAGGAACUCUAGGAUAUAUGUCUCCUGAGUAUGCAUGGACAGGAAUAUUCUCUGAGAAAUCAGACAUCUAUGCAUUUGGAGUUCUUUUGUUAGAAAUCAUCAGUGGAGAAAAGAUCUCAAGGUUCAGCUAUGCCAAAGAAGGAAAAGACCUACUUGAAUAUGUAUGGGAGUCUUGGUGUGAAAAUGGAGGAAUUUCUCUCUUGGACCAAGAUGUUGAUGAUUCAUGCCACACACUAGAAGUUGGGAGAUGUGUUCAGAUUGGUCUGCUCUGUGUUCAACACCAACCUGUGGACAGACCCAACACACUUGAGUUGCUCUCCAUGCUCACCACAACAUCAGAUCUUCCAUCACCAGAACAACCCACUUUUGUAGUGCAUACGAGAGAUUUCGAAUCCUUGUCUAACAAUUUGAUCACGGUCAAUGAGAUGACCCAAUCUGUGAUCAUUGCGCGUUAA